AGUCUGGCACUUUCGUGAAGUUGAACACUCGCGAGUGUUUGGUGAGGGUGUGUGUUGGGGGAAAGUGUCGCUACUGUCACUCUUCCUGGAUAACUUCCCAGUUAUUUAUAGACUCUUGGGGAUAUUCUCUACCCGGUGAGUGAAGUGUUGGAAAGUGUAGAGGUGAAGGGAGGUGGGUGUGAGGUGUUUUAAAUAUGGCUGCUGUGUGGUAGGUCACGGAGGCGAGAUUUAAACAACCAGAAUCACGCCCAGUUGAGCAGCGGCGACCACACGACCCCUGGCAAGCAUUGCAGGGGUUGAGAUGGCCAACGCCUCAAUAAUAUGCAACGCUUAAAUGUUCUAAAAACAUCAAUCAAUAACUAAAGUUUACCGAAAGAAGGAAAAGGUUUAACUGGGCUGUUUAUAUGUGAAGUGUGUUGUGGUAAUGUUGUUUUGAUUAAUUGAAAUACAUCCAGAAUUGUCAAAAACACUGCCUGAAGUUUUUUGUGAGAUAAACAGACUUAGCGAGGCAAGCACACUGACAGGUUAUCGGGCUACAAUCUAGGACGCACCUCCUCCCUACCCGUCCACAACCAAAACAAACAAGACGGUGACCAAUCACACCCGCUGACCCUUCACCCCUGACCUCCAGCCUCUAUUCACCUCCUUCUAUUGACCUUAUAAGGCUCUUGAGCUAAAAUGGGCCGAGUGCUUUAAUAAGAAGGGGAGGACGGCCAGGAAUAGGCAGCAGGUGUCGUCAUCGGCGCCCACUUGGUCGAAAAUCGUCUGACCGUUUCAGUCACAACAACUGUUUUAGGGAUGGGAUUGGUGUGGUGCUUGUGUCUGGUGGUGGUGGCAGGUAUGGUGUUACUACCGCCAGCCUCGUCCUGUUCCUGCUACCUGCGACACCCUCAACAACACGUGUGUGAGGCAGACUUCGUGGUGUUUGCUCGUGUUCGUCGCCUCACUACAACACCAGAUGGACACAAAGCAUACAAGGUCAAGGUGAAGAGGCUAGUUAAGGGUUCUGAGAAAGUGGAGUUGAUUCUGCAGAAAGGUCUGAUCUACACAGUGCCAUCAUCCUGUGAGGCAAAGCUAAAGACCCGCACCUCCCACAUCAUUACGGGUAACGUGUCGGCCGGCAAGCCAUGGCUCACCCUUUGUAAUUUUGCUGCCCCCAUGCGAAGCCUUACCCCAAAGAUGAAGAAAGGGUUCCGGCUCCUGUACCAGAGUGGCUGCGACUGUUCGAUCAUGUCAUGUCACUUCUGGGAGCGGUGUCCUAAGGCCAGCUUUUUCUGUGCCUGGGAGACUUCUAGGGAAAAGUUCGACUGCCAAGGACGACAGUCUAUGUGUCUUCGUGGUCCUGAUGGAACUUGUGACUGGCUUCGUGGUCAUACUUACCGAACAUGUAUGAAGUCACUUCGUUCAAGAUCAAAUGAUACAGACAUAAAUAAUACCCAGGACAACAGUAUUAGUAGAGGUAUCAACGGCAUUCAUCGUCGUCGUAAACCAUCAAGAUAUGGCUACAAGCGGACCCAAGGACACCAAGCUAGACCACAUAACAUGUAUUCAAGAAUCGGCUAUGUACCUAAGAAUGGAUGAAGACUCAAACAUGCACACCAGGUUCUGCCUCUAGUUUUUAUAAAAUUUGAUGUGAAUAGGUAAAUGAUGGCCCAACCUCAUAGUAUUUAGAUCUUAUGCCAGUAUUUUGAUAGUUUUGACAGAAGUCAUAGUACAGUACCCUCAAACAUAUAGCUAAAGGGCAUGUGGUGUUUCAUGCCGAAUCAUACAAAACAGUAAUGAUUAGCUUGUGCUAGCAUUAGCUAUACAAAAAAUGAUCAGCAAGAACCUUGAUCGUCCAAACUACAGUGUAGAUACUGUACUGUAGUCAUAGUGUGUUUGUGUGUUACUGAAAUGCCUACUAAGGCCACUAUAAACUUUGUAAAGUAGUCUUAAAAUCUUAAAAGUAGCUUAUGUUAUGUUUUGUGAUUAGUGGUAAUGUUCAAGCGUAGUUGUGGAGGUGAGCAGGUCUGGACACCCGGGGUAUUGCUGAACUAACUAUUUAUAAAACAUGACAAACAGGGGUGGAUCCAGGGAAUUUUAAUGGGAGAUUCACCAGAUACUGUAUUGUACUACAAGGAGGGUGACUCCCAUUAGAAAUUGGGUUAUUAUUAUGUUGACAUAUCUUACAUUAGUGAUUAUUGAUUAGCCAAGCUUAACUGUAGUUGAUUUAAGUGAGACUGCAUGUUCUUUUAUGAAUUUAUAGGUCAUUUAUGAAAGGGGUUUGUGGGCACCCAGUGGCCCCCACCCAGGAUCUGCCCCUGACAAACUAUCAUGGAGAGCUAUCUUUCCUGUACAUCAUAUCUAUAUUGACAGUAAUGAGUUAGUAGCAGUAGAUAUUAUUUUUUUGGUAGUACAGUUGCUCUAUUUUGUGGUGAUGGUUUGUCUAUAUUUGGUUGGAAUGAAUCUAGUCUGUUGGUAGUAUAAGUACAGUAGCUUCCAUCUGAACUAUUAGAGUAGCAAAAAAUUAUUGUUGAAUGAGUUUUCUGUCAUAAUGUUGAUGAGUCACAAACAGUAAGUACAGUACUGUAUUCUUGUUACUCUUGGAUGACAUACAAUUGAAGACGGUUGGCGGUGAUAUUAAAGGGCUUGGUAAACAUAAAUUAAUGAUAAUUGACAAUUGCAGUAAAUCUGAAGCCAUGACUUUAACUAAAAUAUGAACAUGAUAAUAGGUACAAUACUGCACUUACAUCUGACAAAGGGAUCAGUAGGAACAUGAUGAUGAUACAUCUUUCUGAAGAGAUGAUGGACACAUACUCUGAAGGUACAGCAUUAAUGUGAUCAAUUUCUGCCUUGACCCAUUAACUGUCAUUGCCAGGGGAAGGUGAUAGGAGAAAGUUUUUUGUAUUUGCUUUUGUCAGUCAUUUACUGAAACAACAAAGAAACAAAACUAUAUUGGAUAUGAAGCAAAUUAUGUUAUACUGUACAUGCAGUACAGCUGUGGAUUUAGUACUGAAUAUUUUUCGCACCAAAUAAAGUGCAAGUCCAAAUAUAGUAUGUAAAUUAUUUGUAAAAAUAUUUGACACUUCAGAAAUGGAAAAAUAUAUUUGCAACUUCCAGUUUAAUUUAAAAGCUUUAGUCUUGGUCAUCACUUAAUCUUUUAUUCACUUCUCACUUACAGUAUAUGAAAUUUUGGUUGUAAUUUUGAAUUAAGCCAAAAGCUUAAGCCUGUUUAUGGUAAUCAUAUUUACUUUAUUAAGACGGUUUAACGAUGCAGCGCUGCCUCCUUGUUGUAACUCCUUGUCCACUAUUAUUAGAAGUGUUAUCUUUA